UGUCCAUUUAUAAGGGCUGAUAAACCCGGUUUUUUCUUAAACGAAUAAUUUUCAAUGAAGGAAUGCAGGACUUUAUUUAUGCGCACAAGGCAGGUGUCUCUGCAGAUGCCAUGGAUCAACUUCAGAGCCCUUUUCAAAGAGCAGGAGGAUCCAUUUCCAUCAGAUGACUGGAAGCGCUGUCCGUGGUGAGUGAGGAUCAGCCCAUAUUUGAGCCGCCCUACCCAACAGCCCCAGCUAUGCACAUGAAGGCGGAGAUGACAUCACCCGGCGGUUACAGCCAGGCCUCCAAGCAGAGUCCCGAACCCACUGAGCCUGAGUGGGUGGGGUCAGCGACGCAAAAUCCUGGGAAAAGAGGCGAGCACGUCAAUGGAACCAGCCGUGAGUCCCCUGUGGACUGCAGCGUCACCAAGCGCUCCAGGCACAUGAGCAACGAUGGUGCUCCAAUGCCGUACCAGGCCUCAUACCCAGAGCCUCGCGUUAGCCCCCAGACCACCACCACCCCACCCAGCAAUGCCACAGAGGAGAAGAGGGUCAUUGUGCCUGCAGAUCCUGAGGUUUGGACACAAGACCACGUGCGGCAGUGGCUGGACUGGGCAAUAAAGGAGUACGUCCUGGAGGAGGUGGACGUUAUGCUCUUUCAAGCGCUGGACGGCAAGGCCUUGUGCAAGAUGACCAAGGACGACAUGACACGUCUCACGUCCCCCUACAACGCAGACAUCCUGCUCUCGCACCUCAAUUACCUCCGGCAGAGUAGCCCUACGUUCUCUUACUCCACAACAACUCCCACCAACAACACACCACCACAACAACCCAGACUACAGGUGAAAGCAGAGAGCGGUUUUGAUGAGAUCAGCCGCAGGAACAGCUGGCCUGCAAAUACCAUGACUGCAGUGCCAAAAGGGUCCACCAUGGAGCACCAACACAGCACAAGAGUUACAGAGCCUGCUCCAAGACUUAUCCAAGACCCGUAUCAGACAUUAGGGCCCCUAAGCAGUCGACUAGCCAAUCCAGAAGGCCAAGCCCUCAGCUCAUCCAAGAACCGAACAGGCAAACACAGUCCAUACAAGCUCCCUGACCCCAGCGCUCACAGGCCUGUGGGUUCGGGGCAGAUCCAGCUGUGGCAGUUCCUGCUGGAGCUGCUUUCUGACCAAGGCAAUUCCAGCAUCAUCACCUGGGAGGGCAACAACGGUGAGUUCAAGAUGACCGACCCAGACGAGGUGGCGAAGCGUUGGGGUGAGCGCAAGAGCAAGCCCAACAUGAACUAUGACAAGCUGAGCCGUGCUCUGCGCUACUACUAUGACAAGAACAUCAUGACUAAGGUGCACGGCAAGCGCUACGCCUACAAAUUUGACUUCCAAGGCAUCUCGCAGGCGCACCAGAAUCAUGGAGCUGAUGGGGGGAUUAAGUACCAGACUGAGAUGUCAUACGUCCAGCCCUACCACAGCCACCAACCCAAAAUGAACUUCAUGGGUGGCCAUCCGGCACCUAUGCCCGUCUCCCCUGGCAACUUUUUCGCUCCUCCGACGACAUAUUGGAACUCACCCAACAGCCCCAUCUACCCUGGGUCAGCCAUGACCAGACAUCCAGGCACCCACUCCCACCUGAGUUCAUACUACUGAGGACAACGCAUUUCACACCUGAGCGGUGAAACGUGGGAAAGUAACCCAAAUGUGCAACAGUAAAAAUGCACAGUCCAUCCAGGAUACACCUGAGCUGAACCCUGCUUGAAAUGAAGGUGAUAUGACGCUAUGGUUUUUAUAAGGGCAUUAUGAUGCUGUCUUUGUCACAUUCCUUCUUAAAGAUGGACAAGAAAUGCAAGGAUCAAUCAACUCUGUGAUGAAUGGAAAGGACUGAUAUAUUACCCUUUCAAGAUUUUGUAUGAAUAUACUGAUGACUCACUAUUUACAGUGUUUCAAUUGUUAUGGAACCAAGUUUUUUUCUCUCCUAUUUGUAAGUACCUUGUGUGAUGGUAACUUGUUGUGAAGACAGAAGUCAUAGCCUUAACUGUAUGAGUAGCGUAACGGUUUUGUAACUUUUCACUUCAUAGGUCGAAUCUGCAGUUAUCAUAUUCAGUGACCUGACAUUUGUAAAAGAAAUUGUACAGAAUGUUUGUCAUGUAGCAAUAACACAUUUACUCCCGAUGUAAAGUUAAUAAAUGAUGCUUGU